AAAUGUAUUCAUCUACUGGACUAAUGAUGUGAACUGAAAAUAAGAAUUCAACAGCCUGUAUCUCGAAAACUAAGCAUUUGUGGAUCCAUGCAUUAGGACUUUUUUUCUUGAAAUUAUCUGAGAAAUCUCUCAUUUUCGUUUACCCCAACCUGCAAUUCAGGAACACGAAGUUUAUUGAUUACAAGUCCGUUCGUGUAUGUACGCCCAUGUAAGUUGACCUUGACGGCAGUCUGUCUCUGUCUUUUCCUAGGAUCCAAAGUACAUAAAACUCGCAUCUUAUUAUGGAAGGCCACUUUUUACCGGGCUAUGCCGUGGAUAAGCAGUGUGAGAUAAAUCGAACUCAAAACAACACGAAGCGUUUAUCGAAAAGUAGUAAUUGUUUCGGUUUAUUUCGAAAAUGGGCAGCGGUGCAAUAAUAUCGCUCUUGGUGUUAGUAGUCAGUAUCCCCAUCGGUAUCAAAUUUGUCAGCUUUUUCGAUGUUCCGCCGGUACCAAAAUUGGAGGAGACUUGGUGGGGCCCUGGAACCAAGGGCUCAGAAGAUGUCGGAAUAAGACCUUUCAAAAUCACCGUACCUGAUGAGGUAAUUUCAGAUCUGAAUAUAAGACUACGAAACACCAGGGCACUGGUACCACCUCUUGAGAACGCAAAACAUUCCUAUGGUAUCACAUCCACUCUCACGAAGAAUGUUUUGGACUUUUGGCUCAACAAGUACAGCUGGAAGAAAAGGGAGCAAUUUCUGAAUCAGUACCCGCAGUUCAAAACGAAAAUACAAGGUCUAGAUAUCCAUUUUCUGCAUGUAAAACCGAAAGACUCGAAGGGAUUAAAAGUUUAUCCACUUCUGCUUAUCCACGGCUGGCCCGGUUCAGUGAGGGAAUUUUACGAAAUCAUUCCUCACCUCACUACACCUCAAAAAGGUCGUAAGGUCGUCUUCGAAGUGAUUGCUCCAUCAAUACCAGGAUAUGGUUUCUCUGAGGCUGCUGUUCGACCAGGAUUAGGAGCUGUUCAAGUGGCUGUCAUAUUCAAGAACUUGAUGAAUAGAUUGAAACUCAAUCACUACUAUGUCCAAGGAGGUGACUGGGGAUCUAUCAUUGCCAACCACAUAGCCACUUUAUACCCUCAAAAUGUCAUUGGGUUACAUUCAAACUUAUGCUUCAACGACAUGCCCAUUGGCUAUUUGAAGAAGGCCGUUUAUAGUUUGAAACCUUCGUUGAUUGUGGAGAAAAAAUAUGAACACCUUGUAUAUCCAAUGAGCACAAUAUAUGGCAAUCUUAUAUUGGAAAGUGGCUAUAUGCAUAUACAGGCUACUAAACCUGAUACCCUCGGCACAGCUUUAAGUGACUCACCAGCAGGAUUAGCCUCCUAUAUUCUAGAGAAAUUCAUAACUUGGACGAAUCCAAAAUAUAAAGAACGCGAAGAUGGAGGUUUGACAGAAAAAUAUAAAAUGGAGGAUCUUCUUGACAACAUCAUGAUUUACUGGAUCACUGGCACUAUAACAACAUCUAUGAGAUUAUAUUCAGAAUCUUUCAGUACUGCACAGACCUCUUUACAGUUAGCAAAGAUUCCCGUUCCAGUUCCUUCUGGUUGUUCCAGAUUCAUCCACGAUAUACUCUAUACACCCACAGGGCUGUUAGAAGAUAAAUAUCCGAAGUUGCUGCAUGUGACUGAUCACGAGGCUGGCCAUUUUGCAGCUUUUGAAGUACCUGAAGUACUGGCGCAGGAUAUUUACGAUUUCAGCGAAAAAGUGUUGUCAUUAGCGUUGAAUAAGUGACCUAGUUGGUGCUUCAGGUUCAUAGAAAAUAUUGUAAUUUUAUUCCGAUGAUUGUUUCAGCGAAAUUCGAACUAUCGUAUUUAUCCGCAGGAUUUUUGACAGCGUUUUUCGGUCUAAUUGCCUCCCUUCGGCGUGAAUGUAUGGAGCUUCGAUAAUUCAAACAAACCACACAAACACAACGAUAACGGAAAUGAUUGAAUUAUUGAGUAGUAUCUUUAGAGAACAGAUCUCUGCAGAGCUGCCGUCAUUCCAAAUUUCUGUUGGUCAUUUAGAUCUAACGUCUUCCGAAACUACGACUCAGCAUAAUUUUUAUUAUGCUGAGGUUUCGUACAUUCAUACCGAAGGUGGGAGGUAGCUCUGUGCAUUAAUAUUUCUAUGGAUCAUUGAAAUAGUUUCCGAUGUUCGAAUAUGUGGCUUAUUAAGCAUAAAUUACAGUUCUCCAAAAGCUCUUAAUCAUCCGGAAUAUAGCGUCAAUGUUUUAUAUGAGUCUAGAGCAGCCCAAGACAAUAUCAAAUUCUUCAAAUAAAUUUUGAUUUUCCUUCAA